AUGCCUCUCUUUCCCGCGCAUUCACUCUCCCCUCCUCUCCUCUCCUCCACACCCCUCCCCCUACCUCCACCACUCUUUCCACCUCUUUUUUCCAACCAGGAGCCAAAGGUUCGUGUGCCCCCGGCGCCCCUCCUCUUCUCCCCCAUUCUCAACGCAUCCCUGCCAACCACCUUCCUCCACCUCAUUCCCCGCCGUUACCGCCGCUUCCUUCCUGCUUUGGAUAGUGCCCACCCGCUCGUGCUAUCUGUUCCCGGGGAUGCUGCUCCCAAGCACGCUGUGUGCCUACGGGUAGCUGAGGAGUCCGAACCAGCAGUGGAGCUCUCUCUCUCCGAAGCCAUCUCAUCCCCUGUCACCACACUCCACCUCUCCGGAACCACUGUCUUCGCCUCCACUCCCUCCACCACCACCAUCACAAGCACAAGCAGCAGCACAGAGAAUGAUGAUAUCACACACAAGGGGGCGGAUGCAGGUCUGGGGGCGCUGCUAGGGUUUGACGAUCCGUUUGCAGUGUUCCAUCUGGCAGCGAGAUUAGCCGCGUGGAGGAGGUCCGAAGGGUGCUUUGCUCCCUCCCGUCUACUGCUCUUCCACGGGGAUAGACUGCAAUCAGCACUGCCCCACGCCUCCCCAUGGGCAUCGCUGCUACUCAAGGCCACCCUUGGAGAUGCCGCCUUUCCUCCAUUUGCUCCGCCCGCCACCACCACCACGGCCACUGCCACCAGCACUGCUGCCAAAGCCUCUACUGCUGACACCAGUUCUUCAGUGGUGUGUUUUGAUCGCGUGGUGCUGCUGCGAGAUCCCGUGCUGCCUGCUGCUGCUGGUGAUGAUAAUCUCGAACAUUCAGAGCACGCUGCAGCCUCUGCCAUAGCUAAGGAGCAGCGGAGCAGCAGUGUUGAUGGUGGUGGCGGCAGAGGUGGCGGCAGCAGCAGUGGCAGUGGGGAUGCUGAUACAGGGCUUGGCUGUGACAGCCGUGCAGCCAUUGUCCGAUCAGCCCUACGCCAUACAUGCCGUCUCCAGCCGCCCGUUCGCUCCUCUCUUGUCAUCCUCAUCGCGGGUUCAGACGCUGCAUGGAGACAACACAUGCCGCCCCCCUUGCACCCCGUCAACCUGACUGCCGCCCUGCACAAGGAGUGCUCCCGUGCACAUCUGCCCUGUGAGGUGGUGCAAGCACAGGAGGGUGAUGACCCAUGCACCGAUCAGGGUUCCAGCUUGGGGUUUCAAGGGGUGUUGAAAUGGAUAAGGGAGCAGCUAAAAGGAUGGGAAGGGAAGGGGGGAAGCAAGGUUGAGAGGAAGGGAGUGAGAGGAGAGGUAAUAGAGGAUGAUGAGUAUGCUUGUGCGGGGAGGGAAGUGGAGAAUGUGGGCGCUCAACAUGAGGAGGAGGAUGACCUAUGGGACUCAGAUGAGAACCCUGGAAGUGAUAAGAAAACCUAG